AUGUCCGUGAGUGGGACGAGAGGAUACUUACCCCCGGAAUGGCUGGCAAAUCUUCCAGUCACUUCAAAAGCUGAUGUUUAUAGUUAUGGAAUGGUGUUGUUAGAAAUCAUAAGUGGUAGAAGGAAUUUUGAAGUUUCGACCGAGACUAAUCACAGAAGGCUUUCAUUGUGGGCAUAUGAAGAGUUUGAGAAGGGCAAUAUCGAGUCAAUUCUCGAUAAAAGGCUUCUUGGACACGAGGUCGACACAGAGCAAGUCAUAAGAGCUAUUCGAGUUAGCUUUUCGUGCAUCCAAGACCAACCAUCUCUUAGACCUACUAUGGGAAAAGUUGUGCAGAUGCUCGAAGGGAUUUCUGAGAUACCUACACCACCCAAAUCUACAGCCAUGAACCCGACUACUGCUGGUGCUCAGUUUCAGGUUCUCCCUAUGGUGUCAUCAUUCCAAACUGUGUUGAAUUCGUCUGUUUCUUCAUCUCAUACAGCAGAAAAUUCAUCUUUAACUACAGAAAAAAAAUCUGAAGGGGAAACUUCCACUCUCAUAAAAGAAGAGGCUUCACAAACAUGA